ACAUCAUUUGUGGCGAAGGGGUGUGGGGUCCAUACACCAAAAAGAGGGAGCAGGUCAACUUUUUCCAGCAGGUCGUCUCCUUCGAUGCAAAGAUGAAAGAUCUCGUAAUCCCACAAAAAUCAUCCAACAUAAUUCGCAAAUCUGAAAAAUUUGCAACCUUGAUUAUCAAAGCAAAUACGAUUGCAGCCGUUACAGGACCAAUUUUUAUGAACUUGGUAUACAUCCUAAAGCCCACAGCACCGCAGUACAUCUACCACGCGUAUCCUGAUCACAGCGCAACCUGCGCGAACUGGGCUUUCUUGGUGAUGGAAAUCUACAUGAAAUCGAUCAAUAUCAUAGGGGCCAUGCUCUUUCAAGGAUGGUUCCUCUGCUCGGUCCUCUUCGAGCUGACAGUUUUAUCAAUGCUCAAAAAAUCUUCUUCCCCUCUCCACACAAAGAUCACAUACUACAAGUACCUCUCCUUCGUCAACCACCUCCACAACCAAUGCUACCCUGCCGGCAUGUUGCCUUUACGUGUCGGCAUCUUCGGCUGUAUGACGAUCACCUCGUCCGUCAUCCUCAUCCGGAUGAUCGACCGCAUUCACGUAUUCGAACAGGUCAUCAUUCUCCAAUUUCUGAUAACCAUGAUCACCGUUCCAUUCCUGUUCCUCUCUAUUGCGGGCAAAAUAGUGGAAGACAGUCUCGACUUGAAGGAAUCAAUGGGACAAGAGAAUACUGGACGGAAUUUUAAGGUCAAUCGCAAAAUUUUGAAAUCUCUGAAACCCUUCGGUGUCAAGGUGGGUCCGAUCCGUGCCGUGAAUUAUAAUGCGUUCAACGCCUUCGUGACAAAUGUUAUAAGCGGGUUGACCACGGUUCUUGUGAGUUAUCCGAAUUUGAAGUAAUAAAGGUAUGUUUUUUAUAAUACCGAUUAGCAAGUCAGCACGAAUUUUAGUAACUUGGAAAUGUCUUAAUAAAAUAAAUGCAUGGACCUUUUUUUAAAUUUGCUCGUGUGUAGACUGAACUGUGCAAAAAUUUGUAAUUUAAUUAUGUUAAAUUAAUGUCGAUUUAAUUUAGGCGUAUGCACGUCAAACUUCACAUUGGAACUGAUUUAGCAAAAAAACAGGAAAUGCUUAAAAACAUGCCCAAGCUAGUUGUAACACAAACCAAACGGCUUUAGCAUAAGAAGUUGGAAAAUUUCGAAAAUUUCGCAAAACUUUGGAAAUUACAUAUGUAUGUUAAAUUUGCGAAUUAUGUAGGCGAAGGUUAUCGUCAGUACUACCAAUGCCGUUUAACAUUAAUCAUUAAACCUCUGGCCGUGUUAUACGGUUCAAACUGUCGUUAACAACUCCCAACAAGCCAGCCAGAGAA